AUGGCGCUGUUCCCAUUCUGCAAGACAACCACAGGAGCCAUCAGAGUGUCCAAGAUACAGCUGAUCCUGUCUUGUCUUCUCCUGUCCCUUAUAUUAUACUUCCUCCAUGGGCGUAAAGCUGGUGGAAAUAUGAAGUCUCCUCAUCCUUACUUUCGCGCCAUGGAACAUGCCAUUGAAAAAGAAAGGACAGACAUGGAGAACAGCAAGGUAGCAACACUGCAAACUCCUGUGGAGACUCCUUGGGGCGCACCUUUAGUCUGGGGUGACAACCGCAACUCAGUCAGAAGAAGGACUGAAUUCGCACAGCAAGAAAUUCGGAUAGGCCUGCUGUCCCUGGUGGUGGGUACAUACGCCCAUCACGUAAGACGUUUUAUCUCCUCUGCAGAAAUCUACUUCCUCCCCAGUCAGAUGGUUACGUACUAUAUACUCAUUGAUAAUCCUCGCACGUUAGAGCCCCCCGUCAAGUUGGGGCCUGGACGACAGCUGAAAGUGCUUCCUGUCGCAGAGUUCCCAGGUUGGGACAACCUGGUUUAUCGUCGUAUGCCCCUUUUUGCUGAUGCCUUAAAAAACAAAAUAGGCAGGGAGGUUGAAUAUAUUUUCUGUGCUGACAUUGAUCAGGAGUUUGUGGCUCCUGUGGAAGAAGAAAUACUUGGUGACCUAGUUGCCACCUUACACCCAGAACUCUAUGGCAAACCACGGAAGGCAUUUCCAUAUGAAAAGAAUGAAGACUCAUCAGCUUACGUGGAUGAGGAUGAAGGAGACUACUACUACACUUCUGAACUCUUUGGUGGGCUGGUUCACGAUACGUACAGAAUGGCUCUUGGUUGUUCUUUGCUUAUUCUGAAGGACCAAUCAAAUGGCAUAAUGGCUAGCGGCCGUGAAGAGAGCUACUUGAACCGAUACUUGAUCACUCACCGGCCGACUUGCGUGCUUUCUCCAGAGUACAACUGGUGGGAUUCUGGUCAGGCUGUGGAAGUGCCUGAAAAAAGGCUGGUCUCACUGGGAAGGCAAUGUGAGGCAUUUGAUACUGAGAAGAGAGAAAAGCAUAGAUGUUGA